AUGUGUGAAACCCUCCACAAAGAGGAGCCACACAACCCCUCUUUUCCGAUAACGCCCGCCGAGCUCCCCCUCCCCACGCACCUCCCCGCUCCGCUACCUCCCCUCCUCAACACCGCCCGGCCCCGGGCCGCACCGGCUCCUUCCCCCACGCCCCACACACGCCGCCCUCUCCGUACCCACCGCCCCUCGCUCCGCCCGAGCCGCGGCCCCGCCCCCGGGGUCAGAGGUCGCGGGGCGGCGUGCGCGGCAGUGAUGGCGGCGGGGGCGCCGCGGGGCAAGGCCGGCCGGCGGCGCGCAGGCAGUAAGCAUUCAGCUGCUCUGAAGAACGAAGAUCCUGCUCAGAGGAAAGUAGCUCUGGAGUCUGCUUUGAGAAAGAAGAUUGAAUUUGAGAAGAAAGCAUUGCAUAUUGUUGAAGAACUCCUGGAAGAGGACAUUACUGAAGAGUUCCUUCUGAACUCUGGAAAAUGUAUUACCCCAUCACACUAUAAAGAUGUUGUUGAUGAACGGUCUAUCAUCAAACUAUGCGGUUAUCCUCUGUGUCAAAAUAAACUGGAAAAUGUGCCAAAACAGAAGUACAGGAUUUCAACAAAAACCAACAGAGUUUAUGAUAUCACUGAAAGAAAGUGCUUUUGCAGUAACUUUUGCUAUAAAGCAUCUAAAUAUUUUGAAGCUCAAAUUUCCAAAAGUCCGGUAUGGAUGCGAGAAGAGGAGGAGCCACCAGACAUAGAACUGCUGAAGGAGGGACAGAGUGGAUCAUCUGGAGAAGAGAUGAAAAUACGUGAUGAAGUAAUUAAAGUUUCUGACAUUGAAAAUCCUAGGAUAUCUUCAAAGCUAUCUGAAUUUGGUUCUCAUGACACAGCCAGUGACAGCAGUAGUGAUAGUGAACAAGAUUUUGUUUCUUCUGUCCUGCCUGGAAGCCAGUCCCGUUCAGCUGGUGUUGCACAGCAGUUGCACAGAAGCAGCAUCCUCAGAAAGCAGCAUGAUCCAAAAGACUUCUCCAGCCCUAAAACUGAAGACACAGAUGUGGUAGAAGCCACUGAACAACUAUCUAAUUGUAAAUUAGGCGCUCAGGAAGAAGUAUAUGCUGGCUCUGUUCAUAAUAAAAUAACUGCAAUGUCUUCAGAAAGUAUUUCUCUAGGAAAAUCAGGUGCUGCAGAAAACUAUGAAAACACACGUAGUGGCUCACAGGUAGUUUUUCUAGGUGUGAGCAGAAGAGGGGCUGAACAUCUUAAAAGAAUCUUAGCUAACUCAAAAGAACAUAACAAAUCGAUACUGAGGAAUCCAGUGAAUUCCAAAGGCAGUUUAUUAGAAGUGCUUAAACAAACACUUAAAGAAUGGAGAACUGAGGAAACUAUGAAAUUUCUCUAUGGCCCAAACUAUGCUUCUUUACGCUCAUCCAAACAUGUGUCAUCUGCCAAGCAGGAGAAUGAAGAACUUGAUGAGGAUGACUUGGAUGCAGCUGAUGAUCUCAACACUGCUGCUGUAGGGCUGUCUGAGAACAGUUUGAACUACUCACUACCUUUCACGAGCCCAGGAGGAAUAGUUAAGCCUGUGCCGAGUUACAAAAAGCUAAAAGAAGAAACAGAGUUCCUAGAACUCCGAGUGAGAGAGUUCUAUAAAGGAAAGUGCAUCUUGGCAGAAGAGGCAGCAACUCAGGCACAAGCAGAGGAACAUCCAAGCAAAGGCAAAGAGGAGCAACAGGAAGAUCUCAUCUUCCCACUUGUUGAUUCAACUGCACAAAUGCAGAUUAGAAAGCGAAUUGUCCUUGAAAAACUGAGAAAAGCAUUGCCUGCAGUUCUGGGCCCUCUUCAGAUUGCUCCAGGUGAUGUUUACACAGAGCUGAAAAAUCUUGUCAAAACCUUCCAGUUAACAAACAGAAAUAUUAUUCACAAGAUGCCUGAAUGGACUCUAAUUGCAAUAGUUUUGUUAUCAGUACUGUCACAACAUACUCCAGUUUUCAAGACCACUCAGGCCAGUCCAACGUAUACCCAGUUCCUGACUACAUUGCUGGAAGAACUGCACUUCAAAAGUGAAGAUCUGGAAAGUCUGACAAGCAUCUUUGGGAAGGACAGCCUGCUUGACUGAAUAAGGUGAUCAUCCUGACAUCUCCUGCUAUUUGCAAUAGUGUCACAGAAAACAGAACACUACCUACAAUUGUUGGAACUGGUUUUUAAAUGAAACAUGAAAUGUAGUAUCAAUUGUACUUCUUGCAGUUGCUUUUUCAUUUGCUUCCUAUGAAUAAGGAUUUUGAAGUCUUGUGGAGAAGCUAAUUAUAACAGCAGUCAUUCAAGGUACGCAUGAAGACUGGUUAAAACAUGGGUCUUCUGAAAACUGACUGUGUCAAAGCAGUAGAAAAGAAUUUUGAUUGGUUUGGGUUUUUUCUUGCUUUGGAAAUUUUCAGCCAAAAUUUAUCUGCAGGAGUUGGGGAAAGAAAGGGAGGGGAAAAAAAGGUGUAUUAGCCUGGAUAGUUGAGAAAGCUGCUGCUGAUGUUGUUCCAGCUGAGCUGAUGCACAGAGCAGUACCCUUUAUGAAUGGUGAUGACAGCGCACAAAGAGGUCUGAUCCGUAGCCUGUUGUUCUUGCUGCUUCUAAGAAAAGGGGUGGUUCCUGAACUUGUGCAAAAGUUAUUUUUAAACAGCCUCUAAUUGUUACUGAUUUGGACUUUAAAUAUAUUUGAAUAACUAAAAGCUUAAUUUUUUGCUUUCAUUAGUCAUUUUGUUUUAGAGAAUUGUGUUAUCUUGGCUGGGUGUGUUUUGCCUUGCUUCUGUCACUGACUGGUUAUAAAAUGCAAUUUAAAACUAAUCCACUUGUAAUCCUUAAUGAUUCCAUAAGACAUAAUUCCAUCGCAUAGUUCUGUGUGUAGGUCUUGAAAAGACUGGAGAAGGACGCCGUAAGGGACAGCACUUGCUCUGCCGCAAGCACCGGCAUGAGAUAAGGCUGAAGUGUGACUUAGCAGGGCUGGUAAAUGCCAUUUAAAACCAGUAUGUAUUCCCUUGGUUUAUUUCCGUACUUGGGCACCAAAAGGGAGCUGUGCACUUACUGAGUUUAUUGCUCUGGAAUUCCUUCAUGAUAAUCAGGAUAAAUAGGUCGAUUUCCCCUGGCACACAGAAGUCUCUGCAUACAGCUUUUCCCCAGAAGUUUUGUUGGCAGUGGAUUUUAUUUAGAUGAUGCUUGACUUUCCCUAACUGACUAAUGUGAAGUUAAGUUCAGUACAAUUUGCAAAAGCAGCAAUUGAGAUUGAGGAAAACCUUUCAUGCAGAGUUAGAGCUGUUCGCUUUUCUAAGUAUGCAGUAGGAAAAAAAUACCCAUCAUGAUCAGAGUGUGUCUGAUGUCAAAUUCAUAAGAAUGCAUAGUGGAACACUUUUUACUUGAUACACGCACAAAGAAGGCACAAGACCUCACCAAAAGAGAAGCUUAGACAAGCCUGAGUAGUAAGUAUGAUACUCUGAGCAAAACUUAAAGUUUGAAUUUAUAUCUACCUGCUUCUGAUUUUGGAAGUUGAGUAUAUUUCUAUUUUUAGCUGGUACUUCCCUGUGGAUUCUGAGCAAGCCAGUGUUUCUGGUGCGUUUACCUUGGUGCAUCAAAAUUACAACUACCCCAUGACUCGGGGUAGGUUUAUAGUUGGACUUGAUGAUCCGGUGGGUCCUUUCCAACCUGGUGAUUCUGUGACAAUGCUGCUAUACCAAGUACACCUAAAGGCAUCACAAAUGCACAUCAUAGCAGGAAUGUUGCUGUGUUUCAGGUUUGAUGGCUCUCAUUUGAAAGGUUUUACACUUCCUGUCAGUUUAGUGGUGUGAUUUUUUUGUUAGUUAUUUUUAGGCUUGGUGUUCAGCACAUGCGAUGUGGGAAACACAUGGUCUUGCAGUAAGAGUGAAUAGGUCACAGGCCCAAAGACCUCUCUAGCAGGGUUCACUGCAGCUGCUUUUACUGUUUGCCUUAGCAGCUCAAAAAAGUAAGCUCCCAGGAUUUUUGCGUCUCCUCCUUGGUGCUGUAUAGUAAGCUCACUCGUCCCUUCCUUGCCCUGAGAGAACAGGAUAACCAUUCUCUUCAUGACCACCUUCACUAGCCCAGGAGAAAGUUCUGUAAUGUGCUGGAAAUGCCCUGAAGGGAUAUUCUUCACUUCACUUUAAUGAUUUCAUAUCACUUAGACCUGAGUAAAACACAUGUAAGCAAAUGCAGAAAGUAUGCGUAUACCCACUGUAGCAGGAGAGCUCGAUUCAUUUCAUUGAAGACUAUGAAAACAAAACAAAGCCUUAGUGAAUCCAGACAAGUGUAACUGAGGUGGCUGUGCUGCUGUCUAAACCCAGAACUGGAAAGGUACCUCUGCCCUGUCUUCAGAGAGUGAGGCAGGGAACGACAGAGGGCCGGGUAUAUCCACGAGAGACAUUUGGGGCCUCGAGGGCUCUGUGCACACCACACAGAGAGGAUUCACCUGCAUCAUCAAUCUUCAGCUUCAGUGAGUAGUUUAGAAGUGGUAUUUGUUGUGAUUUAAGGGGGGGAAGUGAUGAUCCUGUGUGUUGAACUUGUGUGUUCUACCCUUCUCUCCCUACUUUGGGAGAAUCUGGACUCUACAAAAUGCAAGAAGGGGAAAAUGCAGCUCAGUGGGACUUUGGGACACAGCUGGCCUUUGCUGGAGAGAAAAGGACUAACAUAGCAGAGAGGUGAAAAAGGAAGAAAGAAAGAGAAAGUUGUAUUCACGCCUUCUAAAUUUAGGCAUCCAACCCUAGAUACCUGCCUGUCUCCAUUGACUUUGGAGAGAAACAGUGCUCUUAAAUGUAGGUUCUCCAAAUCAUACCUCAGCACAGCUUCCAAGGUGGGUGGUGUUAACGCCUCUGCCCCGUUCCCCAGUGGCAGAAGUGGGUAAGUCAGCUGAGAACUGUGACUAUAGACUGGCUCUCUCUUGAGUAACUGGUAAAGUGCGGCUGCAAACCAAGCGGGGACUGCCCUGCAAAGCAGGAAGCUUCUCGGCUAUCUGAGCCUAUGGUUUGCUUAUUUCAAUGGCUGCUGCUUCACAUGGAAUUAUUUUCUUAACAGUAAGAAUUAAAGCCAAAAGAAUUGAAGACUUGCAGUCUUUAGGAAAAAAAAUAAUGCCCGUGUGUUGAAAGAACAUCCUGGGCAUCACGCUCUAGUUCUGCAGUUUUCCUCUCAGCUUUCCAUCCUUACCGGUCACUUCUGCAGUCGCUCACCAACACCCAGUGCCAUGGGUGAGUUUAGCUUGGUCACACUGGGCUGGCAGAGAAUGCUGAACUGCCAUUUCCAAUGAGCAUUAAAUAUUGAAAACACAGGCUCGGGCUCUCUUUGGCGUGUCUUAGGUUUCCACAAGCAGCAGAUGGCAUACAAGGCAGGGCUGGGCCCCUAUGAAGCCCUCUGUUUCUCAGCAGCGUAGCUCUGCCACCUGACAGCCCCUUGGCCUCUGAUUAGAGCCGGAGGAAGUGGGUGUGCCUGCCAUUAACAAAGGCAGAAAGCAAUGCUGCUAGAGUCUUUUCCUCUUGUGAGCUCUCUUUUUGUGACUCUUCGUCUUAGGACCGCUUCUCUGCACAGACGACAAGCAGUGCUUUGGGAGAUGAGCUGCCUGAGAGACGCUGUGGAAGGUGAACUGUGGUGUUUGUGGUGCUAAACAGGAAUUAGUGAGGCAGGGGAGAGAGCUGGGAACUUGUGUCUUCAAGCAGCUCGCAUUUGAGCACCCUGGCCUCUGAGAGCAAAAGCAUGCUUUGCCUCAGCUGCUGAUCAGGACGUGCAUGAUAGAUGUUUGUCGCUCGCCCUUGGCUGCUUGCAGCUGUAGAGCAAGAAGUGAAGCAACCAGGAGCUCUGAAAAAAAUAGAUGAGGGGGGCCAAAAAAGUGUAAUUGGCAUAAAGAAAGGUAAGAAACGAGCACAAGCCCUUUUAAACUGUUCUUGGGCUGGAAAACAGGCAAUGCUGUGAGAUAUAUGGGGCAUCCUCCUCAAAAUAGUCUCCUCGGUACAUCAUCGUGUUUGGGGCAGCAUUAACAAUCAGGCAGGGCUGGAAAGGCCACAAGCAAAGGCCACCAACCUUCGGUGCAGUGCUUCUGAUAUCUGUGAGCCACAUUUGCCUUCCCUGUGACUUUCCCACCGCAGCUGAAUGUGUAGACUUCAGUCCUAGGUUUAGGAACACUUAUCAAUCGGAAUAACGCAGUAAUUGUGGCCCCACCAGCCCUUCAGAUGUCACAGGUUCGUUGGGUUUCCUGAGCUGACCCGCUGCCACCUCAAGCCAGCAGCUCCCUAAGCAGCGCCCCUCUUUCAGGAGCAGGCUAGAGCUGACACGUCUCAGCACUGUGAGAACUCCCGUUGCGAGGCAGCCCUCAGCAUGCUCGGCAGCCUGUUCUGUAGAGGCAAAGCUGCAGUGCACUUUUGCACACUGAUUAUACGCAGGAGCUGCCUGCAAAGGUCAGAGAACAACGCCAGUGGGGCUGCCGGCAUCAUUGCAAGCCACAUCAAACCAAUGCCAUUUCUGGCUCUAUUUAGCCUCUUAAACCACAUGGGAUAAGUAACUGAAUUGAAUGCAAGGUGGGGCGGCAGCAGCUUCUGGGGGAGAGUCCUGUGAUUUGGUUGGCCUUAGGCAUUACUAUAGAGAGCUUGUAGGUCUUUGGGUACAGCUUUAACAAGCUGCAAACAUUCGGAUCAGGAUUUACAUCAUAAAUCUUGCCUUUUUGUUCUACUCAAAUGGGAGUGUCUACAAAUCAGGUUAAUAUAAUUUAACAGCGCAGUAGAUAAGUAACAAAAAAGAUUGUAAUUGGUAGCAUUAUCUGAGAAGCCAGAACGAACCUGCUUACAGCUGUCAGCCGAGGCCUGACUCAUCCGAGGUAUUUUAUAGCAACCAUAUGCUAGGCAUGUCUAUCUCACCUAUUAUGCAAAAAAAAUGAUAAUGUUUCCUAAUCAGGAUUUGCCACUGAGCAGGUUUUUCCCGUAAACAUCUCUGUAUUGCAAAUGCUAUCCAUGGUCAGGAGAAAGCCUUUUGCAAAUGCUUCUGAUUUGUUCAUUUAACAAAUAGAAUAAACGGCCACAAAUCUGUGGACAGGACUAAUUCAGCAAGGCUGGCUGUCGUUCAAGGGACAGGUACGUGAUUCCGGCAGUUGGCAUGUCAUAGAACAGAAUCACAGCAUCACUGAGGCUGGAAAAGACCUCUGUGCUCAUCCAGUCCAACACCACCAUGCCUGCUAAGCCAAGUCCCCAAGUGCCACCUCUUCUGUUAGGAGGUGGCUUCGGAUCCCCUGCACUUCUUGUGCAAAACAACCUGGGUGUUCCAAACUGAAGGCACGGUCCCAAAGCAGGAACCAACCUGCAAUACAGUCAAAAUACUUCACCGAGGCAGCACAUGUGGAGUUGUGUCAGUACAGUGUAUUGAGCUGCAUAGCCAGAAAAGAGGGUGAAUUCCUGUCAGCACAGGAGAGACAUUAACAAUCAAGUUUGAAAAUAUUAAGGUCUUUUGGUAACAAUGCUAGAAUAAUAAUUGCAUUUUAACGAAGGCAGACACCGCUGUAAACCUGUCAGUUGUUGGGUUUUGAGCAAGUUUUACAUCCAGUUCUCUUUUACACAAACCUGCCUGCGCCUGUGUGCCUCUGCGGCCUGAUGAGUCCUUCUUGCACGGACAGUGGUUACCCGUCCACGAGCCUCAGGUGUUCCCAGGACGCAGCCACAGCGCCCGAGCGGUCUCAGGGGCAACACGGGGCUGAAGCAGUGCGGGCACUUCCUGCUGUUCUCACAAGGGCAGCCGUUCGGCUGCUUAAAGCUCUGAUGACAAAGCUCCUGUUGAUGCAAACAAGAGAAAACUGUUGUCCUGGGAAUUGUAUGCCUUGUUUAGGAAUCACAGUCUCGGAUUUGUUUCAAGAAAAAUCCUUCACUUAAAAGCUUUUUUGGAUGGAUUCUUUUUGUCUGAGCUCUGGGCUCUUAAUUAAAAAACUAAAAGGAAAGUGGAUUUUUUUUGCUGUUUAAGAUCAUCGGGUUAUU